UAACAUGCAUGACGUUUUCCAGGAAACCAAGGUUUACUUUUGAAUCUCGCUUAGAUUCCUUUGUUGAUGAGCGUCGUGUGCUUUAACGUUUUCGAGAUGGUAUAUCAUCUUAUCUUCUCGAUUGCUUUCUGUAUUCUAGUUUGCAACUACAUUAGUCUUGUUCUAACUGCUGAUCAAUGUAAAACCAGUGCGGAUUGCAAACAAGGCUCCUUUCGAAAAACUUGCUGCGGCGGUAUCUACAAUCCGGAGCGAAGUUGCACGUACAGUUCGUGUUUGUAUAGCCAUUGCUCAAGCGAUGAUGACUGUAGCGAUCCAUCCGCCUUGUGUUGCCGCUCUAACAAAUGUGUAAAAGACGGUUGCUCAGGAUGUACUGAGGAUUCAGAUUGUUAUAUCACCCAUGUUUGCUGCAAGAAAACAUUUCCUUUAGAUCAAACUGUGUGCGGUUCGAAUUGUAUGAACCAAACUUGCAACUCGAAUAAUGACUGUGCUGAGUAUGGAGAGUGUUGUCGUUUGAACAAGUGUGUUGAUACAGGUUGUUACGAUAAAUGUCAGACAAAUUCCAACUGCCAUUUAGGUGAAUAUUGUUGCAAGAAAGCAACUUACUGGUAUCCGCAGAGAGAUGCUGGUUGUAGUAAAAGCUGCGUUGGCGAGAUUUGUAGCACUGACGAAGACUGUGGGAAUCCAAAUGAAUGUUGUAUUUCUAACAAAUGUGUUGAUCAAGGUUGUUCUGGAUGUACUGCCAACUCAAACUGCAGUACCGAACAUUAUUGUUGCAAGAAAAGAUAUUGGUAUGAACUUAGUGAGUGCAGUGCACACUGUAUUGGAAAAUCUUGUAGCACGAUCGAGGACUGUGGAGCUCCAAAUGAGUGUUGUAUUUCUAACAAAUGUGCACGUGUUGAUCAAGGUUGUCCGGGAUGUACUACCAACUCAAACUGCAGUAUCGGACAUUACUGUUGCAAGAAAAGAGAUUGGUAUGAACUUAGUGAGUGUAGUGCACACUGUAUUGGAAAAUCUUGUAGUACAAGCGAAGACUGUGGUGGACCGGGUGAAACUUGUGAUUCGGAUUAUAGAUGCGCAAAAUCGAAGAACUCUUACCCACGAUGGCUGAUUACUGUUAUAAUGAGCUCAGUUAUAUUCCUUAUAGCUGUUGGCGUUGUGGUGAUUUGUUUUUUUAAAAGGAGACGAUCAAGAAACGCAAUUCAAGCGAACAGAGCUACCAUACCUCUAGAAAACACCCAAAACCAAAGCAGAGAAAUUCAGAAUCCUGGGACGACCAUUCCUACACAAUACCAUGGAACUGGAUUACAAAAUCAGCCACUGCAAAACGACAACGUAGCACCCCACAAUCCAUCUCACCGCCUUCAAGGGAAUGGGACACAAACUUCUCAAUACCAAGGUCCAAUAGACCAGAAUCCUAGUUUACAUCAAAGAAACAAAAAUCCAGGAUUUUACAAUCCUUCCGAAAACCACCAUCAUCAAGGAAACCGAGCUUCAUAUCGUACCCCAUACGAAGAAAAUGUGUUCCAAAAUCCACUGUACAAUCGCACAUACCAUCACGAACCCCCAAAUGCAGCAGCACAUGGCACUCAACAACAAAAUCCGCAGUUUUAUCAAGAGAAUAUCCUUCCUCCUCCUUAUAAUCCCCAUUAUCCAAACAUACAUCAUUAACCGUAGAAAAGAGAUCGAUAUGUCAUUAAUGUGUUUUUAUACACUGAUCUAGAAAUCAGACAGGAUAGUGCAUGGAUUGUUGAGUUAUGUAGAAAAUGAAAUUUAGUUUCAUACGUUUAGUUUUGUCAAUUUUAGUUUAAAACUUUAUUAAAGAGGAUAAAACACG